AUGUCCCGAAUAGAAGAGCUCCCUGAUGACUUCGACGAGAGUCUCAGUCUCAAUGAAGCGCCCGCUGCGCCCUCGAUCGAGGAACUAUACGAACAACAUCUUUCCGGGCCCGGCCAGAAACAUGUCUCCUCCAAAAGUUUUGAAGAGAUUGUGCAGGACAUGAGCAAGACGCCCCUUUUCAUGAACAGCCUUGAUGAUGCGACUGCCGACGAUGGGGAAAACAUUAUGAUCGAGGCCAUCAAAGCCCUACAGUACGAAGGUACAAAGGCCGAAGUUGCCCAAGGAUUCAAAGAGCGUGGAAAUGAAAUGGUAGCCGAGAAGAAAUGGGCCGAUGCCAAAGAGUUCUAUUCUAAGGGGAUAGCAGUCUUGGUCGACCGCGGCGAGGACAAAUGGGACAAACCGCAAGACAUGGAGGCGGAGCAAAAACAACAAAGUCUGGUGGAAGAACAGCUCCAUGUCAAUCGAGCCCUGUGUAAUCUCGAGCUCAAAAACUAUCGUUCGACGACACUAGACUGCGCAGCAGCUUUGCGGAUCAACCCGACGAAUGUCAAGGCUCACUAUCGUUCGGCAUCCGCGCUCUUUGCGCUUGACAAAGUGCUCGAAGCACUCGAUGUCGCGUCUCGCGGCCUUAAAAUCGACCCGGACAAUGUCGUCCUCAAGAAGCUGUUAGACCAGAUCAGAGCUCGCGCAACGGUCAAGGAGCAACAGGACCGACGGCGACUGGCCGAGCAAAAGAGGAAACAACAAGAACAACUCGUGCUUGCGACGGCAUUAAAAGCAAGAAAUAUCCAACUUCGAGGCUCCAAGGAUCCCCCGAAUCUUGAAGACGCCUCCAUCCGAUUGUCGCCGGAUCCUCUGUCCCCCAAGAGCAUGCUGGAGUUCCCGGUGAUGUUUUUGUAUCCUAUGCACAACCAGUCCGAUUUCAUCAAAGCGUGGGCAGAGAAGCACGCUAUUGAGCAUCACCUAAGUUACAUUUUACCCCUGCCCUGGGACAGCAAGAACGAGUACAAACCGUCGACGGUCGACUGCUACAUGGACACGGUCAGCGGCGGAUUGAUGAAGAUCGGGAAAAGGCUAACGCUGCUGGAGGCGUUGUCUAAUGGCAAGACCGAGAUUGUAGAUGGACUUGUCAGGAUAUACGUGGUCCCAGUAUCACUGGCAGCCCAGUGGAUAGACGAGGUGAAGCGGAAAAAGAACAAGUAG